CUCAAGGCGGCUCCUCGGAUGAAGCUGUCACAGGCGGAGCCCUACCAGUCGUGGAGCACCGGCAGCAACUUUCCUAUGCUGCCUUUGUUCUCUCCGCGUCAUCCCGAGACCAAGUUUGACGGUAGUCCAGGUUACGUGACCGAGGGUUUCCUGUACCUGCAGCGGCAGGUGUUCAGGCAUACACUGGAGUUCCUGCAGGCUCAGGAGCAGCACUUCCCGGACCAGAAUCUGCCAGUGACGCACCUGCGUCUACAGCGGUUCCCGCUACCGCCGCACUCGGUGGACAGCUUCUAUUUCAUUGUCCAGUACUUCCUGCCCAUCAUUGUUCUGCUCAGCUACAUCUACCCUUCGCUGGCCGCCGUCCGCCAGGUCGGCUACGAGAAGGAGUCCGGCAUGAAGGUCCGUGCGUCCCAUCAAGAACUCUGAUGCUGUUAUUGUCGGGCAAGGUGUAUAUAUACGCGCAUUGCAAGCUUUCCGAAUGUGGUCCCCAAGUUCUGCGCGUAGUUUCUAAACGCUUAUCGCAUGCUUGUCUUCUUGCAUUAUUACAUCGGUUUCCUUUUUUUCUCUCUCUUUUCUACUUGCGCACAAUAGAUAUCUAUGGUUAUACAUUCGAGCUUCUCAUUAUAUAGAGCUACAUACUAAACAAUUUUCAGUGUUGUGUGCUCAAUUUCUAACCUUUAUGAAUGUUCGAUACUUAUAUAAUCACGUAUAUGUGAUUCUGCGCGCAUUCCAGAUACCGAACUCAUGGGUUCUUUGAAUAUUGCUCGUUUGUAUUUUGAUUCCAUAGUUGAAAUAAAGUUCACAU